AUGACGACGGCGGCGCUUCGAGGCCGAGGGACGAUGACGCACGCGACGCGCGUCGGACGCGGACGCGCGUCGGCGUCGCGACGGACGCUCGCGGCGCAGGCGCAGUUCGCCCAGCGCGGGGGGUCGUACACGCCCGCGGGACCGCGAUCGACGCGCGCGAAGUCGUUCGGAGAGGGCGGUGGACAAGGGACGACGGCGCCGCCGAGCACGGUGACGUGGUCGCCCGAGCUGGCGAACAGCGUGACGAUCAUCGGUAACGUCGGAGCGGAUCCGGAAAUACGACACUUUCCGAGCGGGACGUGCGUGGCGAACGUGCGUUUAGCCGUGAGCGGUGGACGCAAACCCGAGAUGACGGACGGUGCGGUCGAUGAGGAUAAGACGAACUGGUUCGCCGUGGACAUCUGGGGAGAGGAGGCGAUGCGCAUGGCGGAACACGUCUCGAAGGGGAAGACGAUUUGCGUGCAGGGAACGCUCAAGACGGACAUUUGGACGGACAAAGACACAGGCGCGCCGCGAUCGCGCGUGAAAAUCGUCGCCAAGAACUUUUCGUUCGUGCAGAGCUCAAAGACGCAAAACGGCGGACAAGCCGGCGGUUACGGCGGACAAGCCGGCGGUUACGGCGGACAAGCCGGCGGUUACGAUGGAGGACUGCAGCAACAGCGGAAACAAGCGCCGCCACCACAGCAGCAGCAUCAGCAGAAACAAACUCCCCCGCAACAGCAGAAGGGCAUGCCCGCCGGGGCUUCUCCGAAGGAGGCACUCUGGCGUUCGCUCGCGGAGGAUCCGGACACGUGGUGGGACAACCGUGAACGCAAAUCGCAACCCGGGUCGAACCCGCGUCAGCCUGAUUUCAAGCACAAGGAAUCCGGCGAGGCACUCUGGAUCGAAAGCCGCGACACUCCCGCGUGGGUGCUCGAGACGCUCGGCGGAGGUGCAGUCGCCGCGACGCAACAAUGGGGCGCUCCUGAAGACGGCGCUUACAGAGGCGCCUCCAACCCGGGCGCGUAUGAGCCGGAUUACAGCCAGCCGUACGGACAACAAGAGCAGAUUCCUCAAGCGCAGUACGCCGGAGGCUACCAGCCUUUGGAUUACGGGUACGAGCCCGAGGAACAACAAUUCAACCGAGACGACCCACCCUUCUGA